GUUUGUUAUUGAUUUUUUAUAUAAGGUUUCCCUUUAAAUAAAAUAUCUUAUUAAAUUAAGAAUUUAAGAUGAAUAUAAGUAAUACAGUGUUAUUUUAUUAAUCGUUUGUAAAGCUCUUUCAAAGUUAUGUAAACAUUUGAAUCAUAUAUAUUAACAAUACAUUAAAUGCUACAUAAAGAAUCCUUAUAGCUAACAAUACCUCAAAUAGUUGUGGUUUUCUAUUAUUUUUUUGGUUUAGCCUGAGUUUUGGUGAUAAAAUAAAAAGAAACAAUAUGGAAUUCAUUAAUUUUUAAAUUUUUGUUGAUGAAUUUGAAGUAACAUAAAAACUACAUAAAUAUUUUUUUCCUGAAUAUGAUAAUACAUAAACAUAUAAUCGAGCAUGUUAUUUAUAAAUAUUAAGCUGUAACAAUUAAUAUCUAUUUAUCUUACUUGCUUAUUUUUUUCUUAAAAAAGGAUAAUAAAUUGGAUUUUUUAUUUUAAAAUUAUAAAAAUUCAAAAAGAAAUGUAUUAAAAAUAUUUUAAAUUCAAGAAAAUCAAAUAAUAUGAACAAAGAGAAACACUUAUAUUUAUUAAUAAAUUGUUUUAUCAAGUAAUAAAUAUAUAAUUUCUAAAAAAUGAGAAGAAUUAGUAAAAUUUGUAGUAAAAACAGUAAAAUUUAUAAUUUAAAAUAAACUAAAAUUUUAUUAAAAUUUAAAAUAUAUUCAUAUUGUUUCGUUCAUUUGCAUACCCGCCCGUAGGGCGGGUCCGACCCUAGUUAGUUAUAUUAUAAAUGUGACGGUGUAGUCUCAAGGCCAAUCUCUAAAAUAUAACAAAGAAAAACAGAAAUGACAAAACUAGUUGUAUAUAUAAAUUUAUUGAAAAAUUGUAUUUGAUGUUGUAUAACGAAAUAUUUUGUUAUGAAUUUCUCUGUUUAUUUUAUCAACAAGUUGCUAAAUUACGAUAAUUAGCGUUGUAUAAUUCUAAAAGCAAUUAAAAGAAAGUGAUAAUUUAAAAUGCUAAUGUACUUUAUAGUUUAAACUUUAAAUAGGUUAACAGGUGUAUCUACGAAGAACCACUCUCUUGAACGAUCAAAAAGCAUAAUACGAUCACCCCAUCUCUUUCUCUCAGUCAAUUUAUUUAUACCCCCAAAUGUAAUUAGCCCUAAGUUUCACGUUUCAAAGUUUCAAGUUUCAAGUAAAGGAAAAAGUGGGUAAUAAAAGGUGAAUAGUGUCAACUUUUUAUUGGCUUUUCUCUCCCACACAACCUUCAAUUCCGUUCACACACUCCUCCUUUUGAAGUUUCUUUGCAACCCAAAAAAAUUAUAAUCCUCUCCUUCAUUCUGAUUCUUCUCUCUCUCUAAACCAUCAUCUCUCUCUCUUCUAAACCAUCAUCUAUUUUCUCUCUCUGUGUCUGCCAUGGAUUCCGGCAACAGUAGUAGCAUGCAAUCUUCAAGCGGUGGUGGUGGAGACCAAGAAGAGUACGACUCACGCGCCGAUCAAUCUCUCUCUGCUUUGUUUAACAACAACGCGGCCACCGGCUCUUCCAACAUCGCCGGUCAAACACAGCUUGACUCUCUCAUGGCUAACUAUUUCAACACCGGGUGGUCAACGGAUAAUCCUCUCUGGUCAACAACAACUUCAAAUCCCACCGACGGCUCUAGACCACAACCACCACCGGUGCCAUCAGAACCAGUCUUCUUCACAAACACAGUUCAAGAAAAUCUGAGAGUAGUCUCAAACACAAACACAAACACAAACACAGACACAAACACAAGUAGUCCCAUUGGUUCUGUCCCUACCGACAAGAAAACAGGUCUGGCGACAACACGGAACCCAAAGAAGAGAUCUAGAGUCUCGAGACGAGCACCUACUACUGUUUUGACCACCGACACUUCAAACUUCAGAGCCAUGGUUCAAGAAUUCACUGGUAAUCCUUCUACUCCUUUCACCGGAUCAUCAUCUAGUCCUUUUUCUAGAUCAAGAUUUGAUCUCUUUGGUCCUUCUUCUUCUUCUUCUUCUUCGUUCUCACGACCCUUGAAACCCUUUCCUCACAAACUCAUCCCACCAUCAUCAACCAGUCAUCAUUACUCAACUCCUCCUACAGAUUACCACCAGAGUCUUCUUCGUAGCAUGAACAUGCAGAACAUAGCGAACCCUUUUCUCAACAACCAAUCUCCUAACAACGUCCCUUUAAUGGAGGAUCAAUCGUUGAGCUUGAGAACGAGUACUGGUUUUGGAUACGUGAGAGCAAACUCUGAGGGGCUUCACAACAUUAUCGCCUCCUCGUCAUCAUCCAUGACGCAGCCAACCCUAAAUAUUAUUCGUGGAUCAAACAAGAAUUAUGAAGCCGAUAAUAAUUUGGUAAGAUCCAUCAGUGGAGAAGAGCAACCUAUGGUACAAAGAUCCGAUGGCUACGCACCAUUGGUUGCUUCUGGAGCCGAGAAUAAUAUAACGGAUGUGAGAAAUGAAGGUACGGUGGAAUUAUCAUGGAUCUCGUCUUCUGAUUAGUAUCAUUCUAACUUUGUUUUAUUACAUUAUGAUCGUAUCAAUUAUAUUAGCCACAUCAAAAAAGGAAUAGAACAUCCUAGCGAAAAACAUCUGAUGAACGAACAUUAGUUAGUAUAUGGAAUUAAGAGUAUGGAAUCUUUAAUAUUCUAAAGCUUCUAUGCAUGGUCUAUAAAUGACUUUCUAUAUAUUGGAACACUGUUUUUUGUUCCUUUUAAUGUCAUAUUGGCCUUUACUCCGUUUGGUGGAAUGGUAUUUGUGUAUAUGUAGAACUGGACUAUAUGUAAUGUGUGUGAUUUUGAAACUUUGCCGGCUCAUGGUUGGUGUAUUUUUGAAUUUUCAAUGGCCCCGUGGUAUAAUUUGAAA